GGCGGUGGUCCACAAGAAGAAGAAGAAGAAGAAGAAGAAGAAGAAGAAGAAGACGAUGGGCGGAAGAGGAGGAGGAGAGAUGAGGAAGGAGAAGAAGAUGAGGGGGAGGCGAAGGAGAAAAGAAGAAGAAGAAGAAGAAGAUGAAGAUUUUUUUUUUUUAACCUGCGGCGCCUCAGGCGACCUGCAAUACGAUGGAGAAGAUGGCGGCGGCGGCAGGGCGGUAUGGUGUGCUGGCGGGGUAUGGCGACGGGCUGUGGCGGCGGUCCUACAAGAAGAAGAAGAAGAAGAAGAAGAAGAAGAAGAAGAAGAUUGGCGGGAGAGGAGGAGGAGGAGAGAAGCCGAAGGAAAAGAAGAUGAGGGGGAGGCGGACGAGAAAAAAAGAAGAAGAAGAAGAAGAAGAAGAAGAAGAAUGGCGGCUAGGGUUUUGGCGGCGAUGGAGGGGAAUGGCGGCGCGGUAUGCCGUUAGGGUAUGGCGGUCCAAGAAGAAGAAGAAGAAGAAGAAGAUGGGCGGAAGAGGAGGAGGAGGAGAGAAUUGGAAGGAGAAGAAGAUGAGGGAAGGCGUGAAGCCUGGGCCCACACCUGCGGAGCAAGCAGAAAUUGACCGCAGGCUGGCAGAUAAGAAAAAGGAAAAAGAAGCAAAGAAAAAACAGAAAGAAGAAGAAGCAAGAAAGAAAAUGAAAGAGAAAAUGGACAAGGAACUAGAAGAAGAAUUGAAAAGUAUACAAGAAGAAGAAGAAGAAGAAGAGCAAGAGGAAGUGGAGACUUUAGUAAGAUGUCGUCCCAUUGACAUCCCGGAGAGUAGUACAACACAGUGGCUUCCGGUUGAACCGCUAAAUUGGGCUGACCAGUAUUAUUACUCCAGGGAAAUCCUAAAAGAGUCUGAAGAAGAAUGUGAUGUGUUCAUUGCAAAAUUAGCCACGGUGACAGAUACGGUUGAACGCAAUCUGAUGAUGGCAAAGAAAAGGGCUGAGUUGAACAGCAAGUUGUUAGCAGCCAGAAGACAAGAAGUGAACGAAAAGAAAAGGCUGCAGGCAGAAGGGGAGAAAUUGCAGAAGGCUCUAGAAGCGCAAAAGGAAAACCCCUCUGAAACUGAAGCACAGCUUGCGCUCCUCAGGGAGGCCGUCCUCAACACGAGGCAAGACAUGGACUUAAUGCGUCAGACUUUGCAACGCGUAGAAACACAUCGAGUGGAAUUCGAAACAGUCUGGAACAACUUCUUGGAAAAGUCAGCCAAGGAUGUGGACCAUCAUGUUCAGACCUAUAUCCAGGCUUUAGAUGACCACGUCAGUAAGACAUUCACCCCCGAAGUUAUAGAAAAGAUUGUAAAGGGAGCURGAGGCGACGGAGGAGAUGGAGAUGGCGACGACGAUGAUGAUAAGAAAGGAAAGAGGAAGAUUGGGGAUCCAAAAGAAAAACUUCCUCAGGAAACCGGGCAGGUUAACAAGAUAAAACUUAAACUGCCUUGGACCUACAAUGGAAAAAAAGAAGAGAGUGUGUUGCACUGGGUGGCAACAAUUGAAACCUAUGUGUACGGACAGCGUAUCCCAUACUGGGACAGGGUGUUGAUGGCCACUUCGUGUAUGGGAGGCGACGCCAUGAGCUUCGCCAUCUCGCUGCAAAAAGAGGCGGGAUGCAGCUCUAUGGUAGAGUAUUCGCAGCAAACGCGAAUCGAGGAUUUCCUUAAGUCGAUAAGAAAAAGAUUUGAGGAUAAAAACUUGGCAAGAUGCACAGAAAUGUUGAUCCUCAGCCUUCGUGAUAGGAAGUGGAAGAGUACUUCUGCACUAAAGGCCACUAUGGAUGAAUUAUUGCAAUGUCCUGAUCACGGGUUGACGCCGGCCCAAAUCUUAAACAGUUUUGCACGAGCACUCCCGGAUCCCCUGAGAACGCAACUCUAUCCCCGCACAAAGGAAGAGGGGAUGACGUAUGAGAAGUUCGGCAAGAUCGCAAUAGAUCAUGCCGGCUUCCUCGCUGAAGCGAAUUAUUGUCAUUAUUGGAAGGAUCUGCAAGCGGGUAAGAGAUGGCAAAACCGCACYAUCUCAGGGUCUAUACYUGGGAAAGACAGUCUCCUUCUAACCUUUGAAGAAGGAGGCGCCGAGACCAUCUCCUAGGAUCAGGUUGACUAUGGUCUCGAUGAACCCAACAGACCGGUAACUCGGGAGGGGAGUUACGCGGCUGUUGCAGC